AGAACCAAUGAUGGACUAGCAGUAGAAAUAAGUCCGACACUCCGUGAAUCUCAACGAUAACGAUUUAAAAGCAAGAUCAACAAGGUAAUACUUUAAAAAUAUACAUCUGGAGGAUACUUUCGUUCGCUUUUACUAUUUCUCACGAGGAUAAACGAUUCUCGUAAUCUGAGACGGUACACUGAAAACAAUAACAAUGGCUUCUGGUUCACCGUCGUCCUCUCCGGACACUGCGACGGGCUCGGGUACAGAUCCAGCCCGGCCCGACACAGGGGAGCCUCUCGGUGGAGCGGGCUCGGACUCGGACUCGGACUUGGGUCUUUGUAAAUUUGACUGCAGUGCCAUGGACAUGGGAGACCGGCUGGAGGGAGAGGAGCUGGAGCGGGAGUUUGAUUCUGCUGCUGACCGUAUAAGAGAUUUGAUUCAAACCGCCAACAGGGACCAGCUGCUCUACCUAUACGCCCGCUAUAAACAGGCCAAAGUAGGAAAGUGCAAUACACCAAAACCUGGCUUUUUCGAUUUUGAAGGACAGAGAAAAUGGCAAGCCUGGAAGCAGCUUGGAGACAUGGUGCCAGAACAGGCAAUGCAAGAGUACAUUUCUUGUGUCAAUGUGUUAGACCCCGAAGGCAGCACGAAGGAAAGACAAGGAGCAGAAAGGAGAACGGGUUUUGGAGGAGCGGCUGUCAGCUGUCUAUACCAGGAGGAGAUGAUAAGGGAAGAGGAUAAGAACAUCUUUGACUACUGCAGAGAAAAUAACAUCGACCACAUCAGCAAGGCCCUCAGCGCCCAGAAAGUGGAUGUCAAUACUAAAGAUGAAGAGGGCCGCGCUCUCCUGCACUGGGCCUGUGACAGAGGACACAAGGAGCUGGUGUCUUUUUUACUGCAGCACAAAGCAGACAUAAACAGUCAGGACAAUGAAGGACAGACAGCGUUACAUUAUGCAUCGGCGUGUGAGUUCGCUGACAUCGUAGAGCUUCUCCUUAAUGCCGGAGCUGACCCGUUCAUCAAAGACAUGGAGGGCUCGCUUCCUGAGGAGGUCACUGACUCCAGUGCCAUUUCCUCACUUCUGUGCCAGUACACUGCUCCAAAAGGCUAGAUCAUCCUUACCGGCCACCACCCCAGUCUUUUCCCAUAUCCUUGUCUCUUCCUUGUUACAGUCAUUUGCUCAUUCCUGAAGUAAUUCUGUUCAACCCCUUCUGAUUGUAUACCAAGACUACAGAAGGUUUGUUUGCCUUUUUUUUAUAUAUAUAUAUAUAUAAAUAUAUAUAUCUAUCUAUAUAUUUUUUAUUUUUUUCCCCAAGUUCUUGAGGUGAGUUUGAUUGCAUCAGCUUAUGCAAUGAGCUACAGUUGGGGACAAUGAUCAUCCCAUUUGAUAAGACACAAGACAUUUCAGACAAUGCAUGUAUUUUGACUCUUUUAAAAGCUGUAUAUUUACUAUCCCCUUUGUGGGGUUGGGUGAUACUGUGUUUGCUAAAAGACAGAAAAAAUUUAUCAAGGUCUUGCUGUACUAAGAAAACUGUUCCUUGGCUACCUCCUGUCAAAUUAGCCUUUUCUUGGCAAUAUAGCAAAACUAAUAGGCUGAAAUUUGCAAACAUUUAAGUGAAAACAUUUGUUCAUCAAUGUGUUGCAGUUUACGGAUUUAUCAGGCUUUGCAGUCACUGGAUGAAACAAAAACGGACAAUUCAAAUCUUCUUUUUAAAACAGCAUACAAUUCCACAAAAUUCACAUUAAUUAUUAUCGCUAGAUACAGUACCAUAUAACCAUAGAAGAUACCAUAUCACCCACUCUUACUACUGAGGUCUGACAGUCUGCCCAGACCUUUUAGUCUGGGUCACUCCUCUCUAACAGUUUCUUCAUGAUUCAUUAUUGAGUUGUGUUACAAACCAAGGAAUGUUUAUAUCAUUCAAUGUGCAUAAUCAUUAAAGCCUUCAACAAAG